AUGCCUAAUCUGGCCUCACCUUCGCGCGCUCUUCGCCUUCGGCCGCUGCACCUGCAGCAUCCAUCACGUCCGGGCCGGUCAUUUACAUUCACCCCGCGCCUCCCACUCGCCCAUCCACGCCACGGCAUCCUGUCCGAACCCUGGCUCCCUCCGACCUCAUCCACGCCUCUACCGACCGCCUAUUUCUCGCCGACAAAGGUAUGCAGUGGGAUCGACGGGCUCGACAAUGGACCGCAGAACGACCACAAGCCGCCAGAUGAGCGGGUCCUGAAGCUCGGAAAGACCUUGCGGACGCUCUCACCUCUCCUCCCUACCAUCUUGUACAAUACGCUCCCACCGGAGAUCCUCGCUCCCAGCGUCAAUCUCCACCUCUUCCCAUCCACCCACCCACACCUACCCACCGUCAAAGGGCGCACUCUCUACCGCGCAGCACUCUGGACAGUCCCAGUUGCCUGGAGUAGUGUCCCACUCGUCGGCAACGUCAAGCUACAGAUCCAAAGCGAGCGCAUCGUCCGCACAGGAACACUUCUCGACCCACACGACGACCACAAAGACUAUGGCGAUGAACGCCUCGUCGUUCGAUGGAAAACAGAGCCGCGCACAGAUAGUCGGCCCUUCCACGAAUCGCUCGGUGGCACAUCCGACUCCGCCAGCCAGAGCGCUGUUGCCGGCGGCAAAUCGCACUCACACGGCCACCUCUUCCCCUCCAAGAAUGGCACAAACCGAGGCCUGAGUGUCCUCCUCGGCGGCGAAGAGCCGAUUUUCAAACUGUCCAAGGAAGAACAGUUUAGUGGAUUGUUCAUUUUCUCCUUUGACGAGGAAGGGCGCAUCUUGACGCAUACGAUUGAGCAUGCCGAAGACGGGGAUGGCUGGGACCGCACGGCCAAGUUUGUGACAUUGACAGAUUGGCUCAUUGGCAAGGCGAGAGGAUCUCUCGAUCCGUCGCCGAACCCGGGACUCGCCAUGGAGUCUUGUCAGACGCGGUCCAGCCGUGUCUCAUGA